AUUCUGCAAUUCAGAGCCUUCUCAACAUGGGGGCUCCCCUGCAUUCUCAAUUACUACUAUCUCUCUGCAGCCUCAGUUUACUUCUCCUUUCGUUCAAAGUCCAAUUAACUUAUCCCAUGUCAACAAUUACAGCAAUGGCCAAAGACCAAAUAGCCUGCACAAUGUGCUCCUCGUGUGACAACCCAUGUCAGCCAAUCUUCUCUCCACCACCACCGUCACCUCUGCUUCCAUGCCCUCCUCCACUAUCACCGCCGCUGCCACCACCUCUGCCCCCACCCUCGGACUAUAAUUAUCCGCCGCCUCCUUCACCUCCCAGUUCUUGCCCGGGAGACUGCUCUCAACCUCUAUCGCCACCUUAUAAUGGCGGUGGUGGUCGCGGUGAUGGUAACUACGUCUAUCCUCCGACCAACCCUUCUAUAUAUCCAACUCCUCCACCUCCAAACCCCAUUGUACCGUAUUUCCCUUUCUAUUAUUACAACCCUCCUCCACCUGAUACACUUAUCUCCAAAUCCAUUCAAUUUCAAAGCCAUCCUUUUAUCACUUGUCUCAUUCUUGCCAUGGCCAUUUUCCUGCUUCUUUGA